GGAGAGAGAGGGAGGUUUGGCAAUGAGCUGAAUCAGAGGUGGCUGUUCCUUGUGUGACACACCCCCUGUUAUUUAGUGUCUGGACGUCAGUGUACUUGGGGAGGGCGAGAGACUGGAGCUGCUUCUAGCUCAGUGACAGCCAGUCUAGUGUAACCGCAAAGGAACUGGCACCAGGAGAGUGUACAGCCAGCAUCAGGCUCUCACAAUCAACAGAUUGCAAAGAGAAAAAUAUAUACAUACUACUUACAGAGAACAGCAUUGGAGCAGGGGACACUGCCAGCGCACAGGUGCCCAACACCAGGGUCUCUUUGUGCAGAUGUGAUGGGCACAGCAUGUUGGAAAGAGUGGAGAGGAUGCCCAGAAAAGGGGAGGCUGCCCAUCAUCUGUGAGUAGGUGCACAAGGGGGACCUGAUUGCUGGGGUGCAGUUGCUGGAGGUCCCUCCAGCUGCCCAGGAGCAGAGGUGACCAGGGUGCUGAGCACUUCCAGCACUGGGAGACAUCACAAAGCUGGAGAGAUGACUGUGGUGUCCGGGGAGACUGUGGAUGAGACACUGGUGUCCCUGAGUGCCCUGGGGCAAGAGGGCUAUGACGCAGAGAGAGCCACCCAGGACUGCUGUGAGAGGGUGGUCAUCAAUAUCUCAGGACUCCGCUUUGAGACCCAGUUGAGGACUCUUGCCCAGUUCCCACACACCUUGCUGGGGGACCCAAGGAAGAGGAUGCGCUUUUUUGACCCUCUGAGGAAUGAGUACUUUUUUGACCGCAACCGCCCAUGCUUUGAUGCUAUAUUGUACUACUACCAAUCUGGGGGCAGGCUCCGCAGACCAGUCAAUGUCCCCGUUGACAUCUUCCUAGAGGAGAUCAAGUUCUACGAACUUGGAGAGGAGGUGAUUGAGAUGUUUCGGGAUGAUGAAGGUUUCAUAAAAGAAGAGGAGCGUCCUUUGCCUGACAAUGACUUCCAGAGGCAGGUCUGGCUGCUCUUUGAGUACCCAGAGAGUUCAGGACCUGCCAGGGGCAUUGCAAUUGUCUCAGUCCUCAUCAUUCUCAUCUCCAUAGUCAUCUUCUGCUUGGAGACCUUGCCCGAGUUCAGGGAGGAGGUUAGACUGGCAGGGGGGCACCUGGUGGUCAAUGGGACACACACUGUGAAGAACAGUCCCUUCACUGACCCCUUCUUCCUCAUUGAGACCCUAUGCAUCAUCUGGUUCUCCUUUGAGCUUCUGGUAAGAUUCUUUGCCUGCCCAAGCAAGCCGGCUUUCUUCAAGAACAUGAUGAAUGUCAUUGACAUUGUGGCUAUAAUCCCUUAUUUCAUUACGUUGGGGACUGAGUUGGCUGAGCAGCAAGGUAGGGAUGGGCAGCAGGCCAUGUCCUUGGCUAUCUUGAGGGUCAUCCGCCUGGUGAGGGUUUUCAGGAUCUUCAAACUGUCCAGGCACUCCAAAGGGCUCCAGAUCUUAGGGAAGACAUUGCAGGCCAGCAUGAGGGAGCUUGGUCUUCUCAUAUUCUUCCUCUUCAUUGGAGUCAUCCUUUUUUCCAGUGCUGUGUAUUUUGCAGAGACUGAUGAUCCGGAGUCUUUAUUCACCAGCAUCCCAGAUGCUUUCUGGUGGGCUGUGGUGUCCAUGACCACCGUGGGGUAUGGAGACAUGUAUCCUCUGACCAUUGGUGGAAAAAUAGUAGGCUCUCUAUGUGCAAUAGCUGGUGUCUUGACCAUUGCUCUCCCAGUACCAGUUAUCGUCUCUAACUUUAACUACUUCUAUCACCGGGAGACUGACCAUGAAGAACAGUCCCAGUACACCCACGUCACCUGUGGACAGCAACCAUCUUCUUUUGGCGACCUAAAAAAGAGUGAAAGCAAACAGUCAUUUAACAAAUCAGAAUAUAUGGAAUCAGAAGACCUGGAUGAUGCCAAAUACCCACAUUUCACCCCCAACCAACACUAUGUUGAGCAAAAAAAGUUGACUGAGGUAUGACCCUAUUGGUAAGUUUCUAAAACAGGUCUGUAAUAUGCAGGGUCUGUUGACAGACCUCAUGACUAGUGCUGGCAAGGACUCCAUCACUAUAGUGUGAUGUAUGGAAGAAGGCGACCAUGCACUGUGGAUAGUGAAGAAUAUAAAGUAGAUGUUAAAGAAUGAGAAUCCUAGCUUAGAGCUUGUCCUAGAUUUAGUACAGGGAAAAAAUAAGGAUUUAGAUUUUGUGGUUGUUUAGACAAAAUACUAUAGCCAAUCAGCCUGCACAACCUUGUAGUGAGAAUGUAUGGAUGCAUAAUCUCAAUGCCUGACAGGUUCUUGCAAGUAAAGAUACGUUAUAUAUGUAGACCAGGGUUUCCCAAGGAAUAUUCUAUCAAACAACGGCUGGCAAUGCCACUCUAUAGCAAUCACACACUAGUGAGCACAUCAUUUUUAGGGCAUAAAUUAUUCGUCUGGAUAGAUUGUUGCAACUGUGCCAUUAGAUGACAGGAACUCCGAGCAUCCAGGAACUAUCGGGAGCCACUAGGGCUGAAGAACAGCUGUCCUGGAUAUGUGACGAAAAUGUAACAACACAUUUCCCCUUUUGAUAUCUUUUGGCUUCUCAUUCACCACAAGUUUAUUAUUUAUUGUUUAUUUGCACAAAACUGUUGGAAAAACAAACAAACAAAAAAUAAUAAUAUCAUAAUGCACUUUAAGAUGGAAAAUGCAGUAUUAUAACAGAAAAAAAGCCAAUACAAGAAAAGGAAGAUUUCCAGCCGUGACUGAAUUAUUGGUUCAUUUCCUCACCUUAGUGUAUGAACACCUGCAGUUUUUGCACCUAAUCUUAAUUUGUUUACAUCAUUGCUAAUAUUGACAUUUUUGCUGUUAACCCUUUGGCUGCUAGGGAUUCCUGCACAUCUCACCUUGACAAAGGGUUUAUUUUGUGUUGCUUUUCUCUUGUACACCAAAUAUUUCCUUUUCUGUAAAAGUGCCUUGUACGGUAAAAUGUAAGGUAAAACAAUUUGAGUGGUGUACAUAUUUUGAAUCUGCCAUGCAUUAAACUGGAUAAAUAACUUGUUUAGACAAAUUCGUAUCCAGGGGUUAUAUAGCCCUGACGUUAAUGCACAUUGUGGACUACAGUAUGUUGUAUUAAUGUUAAAUCAGCCAUACAUGCACUAAAAUAUAUUAUUUUUUUAACUGAUAUGUUUUCAUUUCAUUCACUCACUCACUGCUUUAUUGACCUAUAUAUCAAAUUCCUCCACUGCAAAAUUUGAUCAGUACAUAUAACCUACCACUGUGAUGACGCAUCUGUUGCCAUGUAAAGAUUACUUGAAACAAGUUACUUUAGAAAUUGGGAGAUACCAGAUUUGAUUGCAUUGUGUUAAGGUGAAAUUAUAUAUUCCUAAUUUUUUUUUCCUUCUGUUUUCUUUGGUGCCUAUUUCAGGGGUGAUUUGUGAAAACAACACCUUUUUUGUUGUUGAAAUACAUAGUAGUAUUUAAAGGGAGAUGUCAAUCAUGAUGCAGGUUAAUAUAUCAUGGAUUAUCAUUUAUUUGUGCUAUUUUUUGAAUCACGUUUAUCAAGAUAUUACAUUUCUCAUCUGUAGUAUUUGUUGUGUAUGAAGUGAUUUUUCUCCAAAGUUCCUCAACAGUGACAUCUGCAGUCUAUAGGGGUAUUUAAUUAUUGUAAAUGUGCUCCUCUAUGGAGUUUGACAUUUUUGUUGUGAUGUUGGUAGUCACAGGGUGUUGUGAAAAUGGCCGUAAGCCAGCAUCUUGCGCCCAUCGCCGCUAAUUGAAUUGCCCCCUACAUGAAAGUGUGAACCGGGAUACUAGGAGUAGGUGCUAGGAUGAAAUAAAAGAACAUAAUGUAAUGUUUUUUUUCCCUAAUAAAAGUACAUUUACAAUAGACUGAACACAUUCAUAUAUAUUUUUUGAUGAUAUUUGAACCUUACAGAUGAGAUUAACAUAGACUCUUAGCUUAUGUGGGCCAUAUAUCUAAGUGGCGAUUCCCCGUUCUGCUGUUGCCAAUCGAUCUACCAAUUGACGGACUCCUAUGAACAGUGAUUUGUCGGCAGAUUGGCAAAUUGAUACAUGUUAAAAAUCGCAGAUUCUGAUCAUUAUUGGGUUGGAAUCAGGAAAUUGAGGAUUUCCAUUAUGUGGGAUUUUGCCGAUGACCCAACCCAGUCAUCGGCAAACCAGGGAAUUGCCACAAUUAUUCACAGAUGUAUGGGACUCAUUUUAAACAGUAGAGGCCGCCAUUUGAUGGCUAUUCCAAUAUGUGAGAGAUUGCAAUUGACCAGUUUAGUAUAAACUGGUAACCUCAUUGAUGCAGAAAUUAGAGCCAGUGUUGCCAGGCCAGAAUCAGUACCAGUGUAGCAUUGCUUUCUAAUGAAUUGCUAGGCUGCUUUUUCAAAAACAUUGACUCGGUUCACAAGAUGGCUACCUCCGUUGUGCUAAUGUCACGGGUUCCCUUUAUAAUUGCGCAGAUAUUGUGCAAAACUACUUCUUUACAGUCAGUACUGAAAUCUUAUAUGUUGCUGAGCAACUACCUAUAUUUAAUAAAUAAAUUAAUUUAACAUUGAUGUUUAUUUUUAUAUUUAUUUCUAAUUUAGAGUUUUGUUUUGAUGCUCCACAUGUUGUGGUGUUUUUUUUAGUCAUAGGCUAAACUUCAUCAAAGACAACAGUAGCAACAGUGCCACCUGCAGGUAAAGAAGACAUAAAUAAAGCGAAGUGUUAAAGAGGAGACGUUCAUAGCACAAUAACAAAUGCAAAUAUAAUUGUUCAAUUUAUUUUACACAAAGUAUUAAACAUUCUUUUAUUUUACGACAUUCACUUCAUCCAGUACUUCCUUUGGUAUAUUUUCUGUGCAAAAAUGUCUAAUAAUGUCUAGCACAAUUGCUUUUGAAAAAUAAUUGUUCUCUAAGUAUGUUUUUUUUUUAAGAUGUCAGUUUUAUACGCAGCUUGAUUAAACUAUGACUCUGUUUAAGGAUA